AUGAAGCAUCUGUUGGCAGGAUUGGGUGUGCUUUGCAUAGCACUCGCGACGAUACAUGCAGCCCGCAUCAAGAUUCCCGCCAAAAGCCGAAAUGACGAUCUGUUCUCGGAGGAUGAGUUCACAUUUCCGGCGGAGGACAAAAAGGACCCCACCAACUUCACCGGUAACGUAAUGAAGGCCUCGAUCGUGAUGGCGGAGGUGCGCAAUCAGGGCAAGGGCAAGUUUAAGUACGCGGUUGAGACGGAAAACGGCAUUGAGAUCGAGCAGAUUGGCAAGCUGAAGAACGACUCGAAGACGUUCGUCGUGAUGGGAUCGUACACCUACACCGGUGCGAAUGGCAAACGCUACAGAGUGCGGUACACCGCUGAUGAGUUUGGAUAUCAUCCCAUCACCGAGCUUGAUCUGGACAUUCCUGACCUCAACCAGGUGCAGCCAACGCAGAGGACGAUCAGCCCGUUUAAGUUCACAACUCGACCAACCACGGCCCGUACAACAACCACGACAACGACGACGACAACUACACCAAAGCCCGCUCUGGAAGAAGACGGCUACCAUUACAACCGCCCUGAUAAUGCGUAUCUGCCGCCGAACAACGAGUACCUGCCACCACAGGAGCCCGACAUCGACUAUCUGCCACCGAAGGAAGAUGGCCCCCGGAGGUACGAUGAGCCAGUUGAUCAGUUUCUCCCACCGAAGUAUGAUCUGCGCUCAGAAUUCCCAUAG